AGCAUGAGUGCCACACCAUGGGUAAUAACGGAGGCGGAAAUGAGGGAGAAUGACGUGCAGUUCUGCUCGCUGAGCCCCGUGGAUGGCUUCGUUUCUGGCAACCAGGCACGACCGCUGUUCAUGAAAUCGGGACUUUCACCGGCAGUCCUGGCUCAGGUGUGGCAGCUUGCCGAUUGUACAAAGGAUGGUAAGAUGGAUCGAAUUGAAUUCUCCAUAGCGAUGCAUCUGAUCCGGGUGGCGUUAAGCGGCGCAAGCUUGCCAACGACAUUGCCGGACUCACUGCAGCCUCCGCUGCUGACUGCAUCGUUCGGUGCUGUGAAUGCGCCGGCUGCUGCUGCUGCUGUGGUGCGGCCGGUGGUUGCGUCGGCGAAGGUGCGAGGCGACUGGAGCAUACCGCAUAACAGUAAGCUGAAGUACUGCCAGCAGUUCAACCAGCUCGACAAGAGUCGCAUCGGCUCGCUGAGUGGCGUGCACUCCAGGAAUAUUUUGGCGCAGAGUCGGCUGCCCAAUUCGCUGUUGGCUGAAAUUUGGAAUUUAUCGGAUGUGAACAAGGAUGGCCGUCUCAGUGUCGAGGAAUUCUGUGUGGCUAUGCAUCUGAUUGAAUCGGUCAAAGCCGGUUAUGCGCUCCCAAAAGCUCUUCCGCCAGAGUUGACUGUUCACUGCUCACGUUCCGUUUCCGGCUCUCCAGUGCUUGACCCGAACGCGCCACCUGCCCAGAAGUUUCAAGUACCGAAAACAUUUGAAGACAAACGUAGGGACAACUACGAUCGUGGGCAAGCCGAACUCGAUCGACGUCGCCAGGCGCUCCACGAGGAGGAAGAAAGGCGCCGUGCUGAGUUCGAGAAGAAAGAAAGGGAAUUAGCCGAGAAAAGGGAGCGUGAAAGAGAGGAGGCUGAGAAAAGGCGUCAGCUUGAGCGUGAAGUGGAGUUGGAGCGCGAGAAAAAACGUGAAGAAGCUCGUUUAGCAGAAGAAAGACGAAUUCUUUCCGAGAAAGAAGAGGCUAGAAAGGAAAUGGAACGACAACGAAAAGCCGAUCUGAAUGCUAUACGAAUCCGGGAGAUCAAGGCGCAACGUCAGAACGAAGUGGACAGUACGGUAGAGCGGCAACAGCGCAGGAAGAGCUUGUCUUUCCAGCUCCAAGCACUUGACGAAAAAUCUACCGAACUCAAUGGAAGUAUUGCAAAGGCAAGAGAGCGAAUCGUUGAGAUUACGGCGGAAAUCGAAUCGAUGAAAGCAAAGCGUGAUGAAAAAACUGGCCGAUUGCGUAUGCUUGAAACAACCAAACAACAGCUGAAUGUGCAGUGUGAGCGUCUGGCGCAUGAAAGUCUGCAAAUGCAGGUGGAAUGCCGGAACAGGGCGCAAAAAGUACAGGAUCUCGAGCAGGUUGCUUUCACGAAACAGUCUCUUACUGAAGAAUCAGCCAGUUUGUCGCAGCAAUUAAGCGAUUCCGAUGAGCGAGCCAAGAUACAGCAGCAGCUGGUCAGUAAGAAAUCGGAAGAAAUGGAGAACUGUAAUACGAAUCUGGCUGAACAACUCGCAAAGCACUCGCAGUUGUGUGAAGAAAUGAGGAGCUUGAUAGAGCGUGCGAACAGCUUAGUUUCGGGCUCGACUGAACAAGCGAUGGGCACGAUUGCAACAUCCUUAUCGAAUCACUCCAUCCAACAGUCCUCAUCCGCAGAUUUCAGAGGGACAACAAAUGGAGCGGUGCAACAGCAGUUUUCUGCAACGAGUAAUGCACUACCAAGCGGCAAUGGAACUACAGGUGCCGUGAAGUAUCGUGCUCUGUAUGAGUUCAACGCUCGGUCAGGUAUCGUUACUGGCAGUACGAAGUCAUCAGCUAAUUGUCAUUUUAUCCCACCACAGACAGUCUCGUCAGUGACAACUUCUCCGUCUAGCGAACCGCUGCAAAGCAUUGUGGAGGAAUCAGUGCCGAAAUCGGUUUCAGGAAGCGACGGCACUACAGCACCGAGUUAG